AUGGCGUCGGCGGUCUCGAGGACGCUGCAGUCGGGGCCGAGCAGCUCCUCGGGCAGCGAGAGCCAGGCCAAGUCACGGCUUCAGUCCAGGCUCCGCAUCACAGCUGAUGAGGUCACAAUGGCCACAGGUCGACUGACCUCAAAACCAGUGACCGACGUGAGGAUGAACCCGAGUGGGGGCUACAACACGUCCCUUCUGGAAGAGUUACAGGGCUGUGCCUGGAGGAGGAGGCACGCAGAGGCCUUGUGGACUUGCGUGGAGGCCAGGGUGGAUGAUGGGUGGGAGGAUGUAAGGGAGCUCCACACACCCAGCCCCAACUUGUACCUUCUUCUCAUUGCUAUCCAGAGACACGACGAGGAGGCAGUGAUUGACCAGGGAAGAGUGAGCAACCUUGUCAAUAUUCACUAUGAGAGGGAGGAUUUGGAAGGCCGCUGGACCCUGCCCAUGGGCAUGUGGAUGCCGCUGGUGAGGCGGAGCCACCGGCAUCACCGACGCCACAGCCAGAAGCAUCGGAAACGGGAGCGGGAGAAGGACUCUGCCCCAACGGAGCCGGUCUACCACUACACCCCAUCCCAGCGGGUGCAGUUCAUCCUGGGGACUGAGGAGGACGAGCAGCACGUCCCCCAUGACUUGUUCACCGAGCUGGAUGAGAUCUGCGUGAAAGAGGGUGAAGGUGCCACGUGGAAGGAAACAGCAAGGUGGCUGAAGUUUGAGGAGGACGUGGAAGAUGGUGGCGAGCGCUGGAGCAAGCCCUAUGUGGGAACGGUGUCCUUGCAGAGCCUCUUUGCGCUGAGGAGCUACAUCCGCAAUGGCACGGUGCUGCUGGACAUUUGUGCCAACAGCAUCGAAGAGAUCGCAGAUGUGAUCCUGUGCCAGCAAGAACAGUCCACGGAGUUUGACGAACACAUGCGGGCGAAGGUUCGAGAGGUUCUUUUGAAGAAGCAUCACCAUCAGGACAAGAACAAAGGAAACAAGUUUUCUGACAUUGUCCACUUCUUUGCUGACGAGAGCAAGAAGCCGCCAGACCUGCAUGUCCUCGACAAGACAGCUGCAGAAGCUAAAAUUGGGGUGAACCAAGAGACCAGCACAAUGGGUUUAAGCAAGGCGGAGCUGCACUUCAUGAAGAAAAUUCCUGUUGGCGCUGAAGUGUCCAACGUGCUUGUAGGAGAGCUGGAUUUCCUUCAGCAGCCCAUCAUGGCAUUUGUCCGCCUGACCCCGGCUGUCCUCCUCUCUGGCAUGACAGAAGUUCCCAUCCCGACAAGGUUCCUGUUUGUUUUGCUCGGACCAGAAGGAAACAGCCAUCACUACCAUGAGAUCGGCAGGUCCAUGGCUACCCUCAUGACGGACGAGGUUUUCCAUGACGUGGCCUAUAAAGCCCAGAACCGGGCUGACCUCGUGGCCGGCAUCGACGAGUUCCUGGAUCAGGUCACGGUCUUGCCACCAGGAGAGUGGGAUCCAUCGAUCCGAAUCGAGCCCCCCCAAAACGUCCCUUCACAGCAAAAAAGGAUGAUGUCAGGAGCUGCCGAUGACAGUGCUCACAGCAAGGUGGAGAAACACAGCGGUCCUGAACUGGAGCAAACGGGAAGGCUCUUUGGAGGUUUGAUCCGGGAUGUGAAGAGGAAAGCCCCGUGGUUCUGGAGCGACUUUCGGGACGGACUGAGGCUGCAGUGUCUGGCGUCCUUCCUCUUCCUCUACUGUGCCUGCAUGUCCCCCAUCAUCACCUUCGGGGGGCUGCUGGGGGAGGCGACCGACGGCCACAUCAGUGCCAUGGAGUCGCUGCUGGGCGCAUCCAUGACCGGCGUGGCGUAUUCCCUCUUUGCCGGCCAACCUCUCACCAUCCUCGGCAGCACCGGACCCGUCCUUGUCUUUGAGAAGAUCCUCUACAAAUUCUGCAAGGACUACGCGCUCUCCUAUCUCUCUCUGCGGGCGUGCAUUGGGCUGUGGACUGCCUUCUUCUGCAUAGUGCUGGUGGCCACCGAUGCCAGCUCUCUGGUGUGCUACAUCACCCGCUUCACCGAAGAAGCCUUCGCCUCCCUCAUCUGCUUCAUCUUCAUCUACGAGGCUCUGGAGAAGCUGAGUCACCUGUGGGAGAUCUACCCUGUGCACAUGAACAGCAAGCUUGACUUGCUCACCACCUACUACUGUAAGUGUGAGGCACCGACCCAUCCCAGCAAUGAAACCCUGCGCUUCUGGGAGAGCAACAACAUCACUGUGUCUGGCAUCGCCUGGGAAAACCUCACGGUGACUGAAUGUCGGUAUUUGCAUGGAGAGUUUCAAGGAUCUGCCUGUGGACACAACGGCCCCUACGCACCCAAUGUCCUCUUCUGGUGCUGCAUCCUCUUCUUCUCCACCUUUGCACUGUCGAGCUUCUUGAAGAAGUUUAAAACCAGCCGUUACUUCCCAACCAGAGUACGGUCCACAGUAAGUGACUUUGCUGUUCUCCUCACCAUCGUCAUCAUGGUGCUCAUGGACUUCAUGGUUGGGAUCCCAUCCCCAAAGCUCCACGUCCCCCAUAUGUUCAAGCCUACCAGAGACGACCGCGGGUGGUUCAUCAACCCCAUAGGACCCAACCCUUGGUGGACGGUGUUGGCUGCGCUCAUCCCAGCUCUGCUCUGCACCAUCUUGAUCUUCAUGGACCAGCAGAUCACUGCUGUUAUUGUGAACAGGAAGGAGCACAGGCUGAAGAAAGGAUGCGGGUACCACCUGGACCUUUUCAUCGUGGCCGUGAUGCUCGGGGUCUGCUCAGUGAUGGGGCUGCCCUGGUUUGUGGCUGCGACUGUCCUGUCCAUCACCCACGUGAACAGCCUCAAAGUAGAGUCCGAGUGCUCAGCUCCAGGAGAACAACCCCAGUUUCUGGGGAUACGAGAGCAGAGGGUCACUGGCUUGAUGAUCUUCGUGCUCAUGGGCUGCUCCGUCUUCUUCACUUCUCUGUUAAAGUUUAUACCAAUGCCGGUGCUUUAUGGUGUUUUUCUCUACAUGGGCGUGUCGUUGCUCAGAGGCAUUCAGUUCUUUGACCGCCUGAAGCUGUUCUGGAUGCCGGCAAAACACCAACCGGAUUUCCUCUACCUGCGGCACGUCCCCUUGAGAAAGGUGCAUCUCUUCACCAUGAUCCAGCUGAUCUGCCUCGUCCUGCUCUGGGCCAUCAAGGUGUCCCGCGUCGCCAUCAUCUUCCCCAUGAUGGUUUUGGCUCUCAUUUUUGUCCGGAAGAUGAUGGAUUUCUGCUUCUCGAAGCGAGAGCUCAGCUUUCUGGAUGACCUUAUGCCAGAAAGCAAGUCGUUGGAUGGUGCCAAGAAUGAAGCUGAAGGAGAAGAGCAGCCCCAGAAGAUGAUGGAAGCUGCUGCUACAAAGUCAGUUCAGCUAAAGCUGGGGAAGACAAGGGACUCAGCUACCCCAAAGGAGAGCAGUGACAGGGCGGCUCCUGGCACAUUUGAUAUCUGGAAUGACACGUACAAACCCACCGUGUAACGCCCACAGGGGCAGGCAGGACCCUGACCCGCCGGGGGAGCAGGACGCGGACGAUGGGGAUGCACCCAUGGACAUGGCACAGAUAACAAAACAGUUGAUGAUGCACCUUGUUGUAGGG